AUGGGCAAUAGCUCAAGUUCACACAAGAUCUCCGCACAGGAUCGGGCUAUCCUUGAUAUGAAAACCCAGCGUGACAAAUUACGACAAUACCAAAAACGAAUCAAUACUAUCACUCAGCGAGAGACUGAUAUUGCGCGCUCCUGCCUAGAAAGAGGCGAUAAAGAGAAAGCAUUGCUAGCACUGCGGCGAAAGAAGUUCCAGCAAUCUCUUCUAGCUAAAGCGGAUUCGCAACUUGCUACUCUAGAGCAAUUAACCGCCAACGUGGAGUUUGCGCUCGUGCAGAAAGAUGUCUUAUUCGGCCUUCAGCAGGGCACCAGUGCGCUGAAACAAAUACAUUCAGAUAUGGGCGGCAUUGAGAAUGUUGAUAAGCUGAUGGGCGAAAAUGAAGAGGCAAUUGGAUACCAGAAGCGGAUCAGUGAGAUGCUGGAGGGCAGACUAAGUACAGAAGAGGAGGAGGAUGUGGAAGAGGAAUUGGUUCGCUUGGAGGCCGGGGUGCUGAUGCCCGAUACUGAGGGGGUGCUGGAGGAGGUGAUUACCACUCCAGCAGAAUUGCCAAACGCUCCGAGAAACGAGCCUAUUUUCAAGGAAGAGUUGAAAGACAAGGCCCGCAGACAGGCGAUGAUCAGAGAGCGAAGGGUUGCUGAAGCGUUGGAGCCGAUGGCAGCAUAG